AUGGGUAUGGUGAAAGAAGGGAAGUGGGUCUGGGAGUUUGGGUGGAAAAGAAUAUUUAACAAUGUUGAGUUUGUAGAAUUUGUGGAUUUGUGGCUUUGUUUGUGCAGGGUGUUUAUUCGACCUGGCUUGGCUGAUUCUAUUGCUUGGAAUAGCUCGCGGUCAGAAAUCUUCACAACAAAAGAGAUGUACACAAUCCUUCACAAUAGCCGGCAAUCCAUGGAGACCACCCCGAAUGCUCUUAAGGACAUAUGGCAUAAAUGCAUUCCCUGCAAAGUGUCCUCCUUUGUUUGGAAAGCUCUUCAAGAUAGAAUUCCAACGAGAGAGAACCUGUUGAAGAGAAGAAUUUUUCUCGAGAAUAAUUGUUACAGCUGUCCCCUUUGCCCUGCUCUCUUUGAGUCUACUGACCAUAUUCUGAUCUCGUGCGCUUACUCGAACCAGGUUUGGAAGGCCAUCUAUAAAUGGCUGAAUUUCAGCUAUAUCCCCCAGUCAUCUAUCUUGGAUCACUUCUGUGAAUUUGUUGAGAAAUGA